AGACUCCGGAGGUGCCUUCCCUCUCCCUUCGGGCGAGCAUCUUGGGCGGCCGGGCCACCGGCACUUCUCCAAGCCCCGUCGGGGGUCGGCAGAGGGGGCAGCCAAGCCCGAAGCCCUUCUAAGAAGCCACUCGCCCCUUCUGUCGCCAUUGGACUGGAAGAAUGAGAAUACUUCAUUGUCUCUAAAUGUGCAUGUUUCACCAUCAUGGGAAACAAAAAUACCAAAAGAGGCUCUUCUUUUUCUCAAAGGAACAGCAUGGACAAUUAUACAAAUACAUGGCAAGAAGAUUUGAGGAAAAAGCCAAAAUUAUGUGAUCUGUCAAUGGGCUCAGAAACCAAUUGCCAUAUCAGUAUCCAAGAACCUCACAACAUUGACGAAGAUGUUGGGGAUAUAUUUUAUAGGUUUGUGAUUCUUCAUGCUGACGGUGAUGUAGAGGAAGCCGUUAGGGUCCAAGACAUCCUACAAAAUGAGUUUUAUAUUAAACCAGGGAUAAUCUUUGCUGAAAUGCCUAGUGGGAAGCAUCUUCUAGAAAAUUUAAAUGAUGCGUUGAGCAGCUCUGCAUGGACAAUUAUUCUGUUAACUGAAAACUUCUUAAAUGAGCUUUGGUAUGAAUUUCAGUCAUACACAUCUUUGUUCGGUGCGUUGACCUUACCCAAUAAACAAAACACAGUCAUCCCAAUGAGGCCGAGGAAUAACCCACUCCCCUGGGAGAGGACGCCUUUCAUUCUCCGGUCCAUCAAUGCUCUGCAGGAAGACAGCCCUGGAUUUGCCAAACAAGUGAAGAAAAUCUUCCAGGAAGCUAGAUAUAAGCAACAAAAGGCAACAUGGGCAUACAGAAAGAAGAAUCAAGAGGCAUCAGGACUGUUUGGCUGGUGAAUAUAUGGAAAUUGCUUUAUUUGAGCAGAGAGGCUGCAAUAUUCUAGUUUCUCCCUGCUUUGUUCAUCAUAUCCCAGAUGCUCCAGACAGCUGCUCGGAUGGGAAUUUAUUCUUCAGAUGAAUAAUGCUGAGUGUUAACCUCCAAAAGGCCACUGUUCUCAUAUUGUCAUCCCACCCUCCUUGUGUUAAGAGCUGAUUCUUUGAUAUUCUGGUUCAUGGUAUACAGAAGGUCCCAGGUCAAAUCCCUGGCAUCUCCAGUUAAAGACACUUUGGAUACAGGGCUGGAAAGCCUUUGAGGAAGUAGUGACAGGCAGAAGAGAAUAUACUGGGUGGUGCAGUGGGUUAAACUGCUGAGCUGCUGAAUUUGUUGACUGAAAGGUCAGUGGUUUGAAUCCGGGGAGUGGGGUGAGCUCCCACUAUUAAUCCCACUUUGUGCCAACCUGGCACUUCAAAAACAUGCAAAUGUGAAUAGAUCAAUAGGUACCGCUUCUGCGGGAAGCUAAUAGCACUCCAUGCAAUCAUGUCAGCCACAUGACCUUGGAGACGUCUACGGACAACGCCAGCUCUUCGGCUUAGAAAUGGAGAUGAACACUACCCCAGAGUAGGACAAAACUAGACUUAAUGUCAAGUGUAAACCUUUACCUUUAGAUCGACAAAUAGCAGAGUACUGGGCUAGAUGGAAAAAGUGGUCUGAUUAAUACAGUCUUUGUUAUCCAGAAAUCCAAAAACAUCCAAAACCAGUCACCCAA